AGCUGGCUUUCAAAUUGGAUGGAAAUAAAAUGUGAACAACUAGAUGAUACGAAAAUAUUUAGUACAUAACUAAAAAAAACAAAAUAAUAAUAAACAUUGAUUGUAUAAAAAAGAACAAUGUUAUUGUUAAGUAAUUAUAAAUAAACAAAUAUAUAAAAUAAUAAAGGAAAUUGUAAAUAAAUUAUAUUUAACAAGAGCAACAACAAAAAUCUUGUAAAUUUUUGUAAUACAGCCUACAGUAAAUUUAAACAAAAGACUUAAUGCAGCGUUAAUGUUUAAGUAUUGGUUUUGAAAGCAAAAAAAAAAAACAAAAAUAUUUAAGAUUGUGUCGGCAAAUGGUUGAGUGUCCAAUUGAGCAAUAAUAUCACACAAACCCGAAAGAGAAACAAGAACCGAUAAAGAGAGCUAUUUAAUGAAUGUUAUUUAGCCAGUUAGUCAGUGGAACAGCAGCAGCUAAAUCUAUUUAAUAACCAAGUUAAAAACAGCAUGGCCAAAAUAUCCAUGAAAUGGUUAAUCUAUACAUUUUGCAUAUUACUACAUCAGCAGACUGCCACAAUUGAAGCAAAUUUACAAGAGGAAAAUCACAUUGAUGAGGAUGUAGUUUGGGUGAAUAAAUGUUGUGAAAAAUUCGAAAUACGUAUAGAUUCGGUAUGCAGCCAGGUGAAUGAAAGCGAAUACUUUCAACCCAUGUUUACCAGCUACAAUGGGGAACAUAAUAUGCCGGUAAAAUUCAAAUUUGUUAUUGGUUUACCUGCUUGUGGCUCAAUGCAAACUUGGCCCAUUUAUCAUUAUCAAGGGAGUGCCGAUAAAUUAGUUUUAUUAGAUGAUGGUAAAUUGCGCCACUAUACCAAUACCGCCGAUGAAGCCUCGGAUCCUUCUAUAAAUGACUAUGGCGAAGAGUUGGCUGAAGAAUCUAAACCAUAUUUUUAUGAUUAUGGACGUGAUCAAUAUUGUAUAGAUAGAGCCAUUUCUACGAACGGUGAUCAACGUCAAGUGUUAUUUGCUAAUAUUUGUUUAGCUAAAAAAGAAAUCAAAUGGACCGAUUCAAGUUUUUUGAUGCGUAAAAUCUUAAAUCCCAUUUUUCAUGUUAUAGCGCUGAUAGUAUUGUUGAUUAUAGCAAUAGUUUAUUUUAUAUUGCCGACUUUGAGAGAUUUAGUGGGCAAUAUAAUCACUACAAUUGCCGUUUGCCUGAUGGUAGCCCAGGUGGCCGAUCUAGUGCGCAUUUUUACGGAAUUUACGAAUCAUGUUUCAUUUAUAGUGGCCGAUAUUAUUCUAUAUUUUAGCAUAUUGGCAGCCUUCUUCUGGCUUAAUAGUUUUGGCUAUUAUAUCUGGAAAACAUUUCGUUCGCGUAAUGUUUUUCUUAGAGUAACAGAUGCCAGGAAAUAUUGUUAUUAUUCAGUAUAUGCUUGGGGUUCUACGGCUUUCAUGGCGGGUAUGGCAGUAUUUGCACAUUUCUUUUUAGAUGCUGACACGUAUAAGAAACAAAAUGUGGUGGCCGAACAAGAAACGAUGGGUUGGUUGGGUAUAGCAAUAUUUUUUGCUCCCAUAGCCUGUACCAUAUUGGUGGAUAUAUUUUUCUAUGUAACCACUUUGAAGUUAAUAAAUCGACGUAAUGUUUACGGACGCAUACAGCAUAAAUUAAAAGCCAAUUUCAUUAUGUUUUCUUUAAUGCUUUUGAUUAUGUCUAUCAGUUGGCUGUUUUUAUGUUUAUCUUGGUUAAAAUUCGAAGGUCUUUUGUAUGCCCACAUUAUUGUUAAUGCCAUACAAUCUCCCCUACUGCUGUACAUAUGUGUUUUGCGACAGAAACAUGUUACGUUUCUGCUGAAAAAAUCUUGCUGUUAUAAUGAACCGCCUUCGACAAAUGAUUGGGGCGAUGAAAUGCACUAUAUGAACUGCAAUGAUUAUUAGUUUUUAAGACUAAAGUAUGAACUGAUAUUUUUUUUUUUUAAUUUUAUUAUACACUUUGAAUUUAUAUUGAAAAUAUAAUGGCAACUAAACAACAUUAGUAUUAAGUUAUACAAAAGAAGUACAACUCUUAAAUGAAUUCCAAUGCUCGCGCUGCUCUCUAUUUAGGUUUUCUUUAUGAUUUUUAUAAAUUUUCUUAUAUAUUUUUGUAUUUAGCAAAUAUUUUAUAUUUAAAGGGAUAUUUUAAUGGACUCACCUAAAUGUUAGGCAUUUAUUGUAUUUAAAAACAAAUUUAACGAAUAAUUUAUACAUUGAAUGUAUGAAAAAUGUAAUUUUAAUUGAAAUUAAGAUGAUAAUAAAAUAAAGUGUACUUAAUUGAUAUUAAGAGUUUAACACGAAAACAAUGA